AAACAAAGCAUGGCCAUUUUAUCAGAAUCAGACUUUAAUAAACCCUUUGUUCUGAUUCUGUUUUUAAUUACAUGCUGUUUAGAAAACUUUAUAGUAGGAGCACCAAUAUAUGGAUAUUCGUCAAUGCUAGAAAUUUUUAAGGCAUUAAAAUUUUUUCAUCAUUUGUGUGGUAUUACUAAUACAACUUUAAUUACUCAAAAUAAUUUCGAGAAAACUUGCGAAAAACAGGAUCUGGCAUUAAAUUGGGUUUUUAUUUCUGGUAUGUUCUUUCAUUCGAUUCUAAAGUUUCCAAUUGGUUAUUGCGUAGACCGUUUUGGACCUCAACUUUGUCAAUAUGUUGGGUGCUUCUUUCUUGCACUUUUUGGAGUUUGUCUUGGUCUUGCUUCUCCAGGAAUAGAAAUCUUACUAUAUUUGGCGUUUGUUUUUCUAGCUGUGGCUUCUUCAACUUUAAUGUUAAAUGUGUAUAAGAUUGUUAACGUUAUGUGUUGGAAAUGGAAAUCAGUUGGAAUAUGUAUGAUCAGCGGUGCAGUGGAUAGUUCCUCGGCUAUAUUUUUCAUUUUUUUAACUGUUUUUGAGUUGGGUGUAACUGUUCAAACAAUCAGCAUCGGUUAUACAGUGUCUACAAUUGUUUUUGUUAUAUUAGUUACAAUACUUUUUUAUCCAAAUAACGGGUAUCUAGUAAUGCUUAUAAAACAAGAUCAAGUUGAUUUUCAGCCUGAAAAAACAGCAAUCAGUACUAAACGUUAUUGCGAGGAUAGCAAACUUAUUUCUACAUGCAGUACAAUGUAUCAUGAAAAAAAUACACUACUUCACAAAGAAAAUAAUUUUGAUAAUCGGUCACUAAAAGAUUGCUUGUUUUCAUGGAUAAACUUUUUAUCAGUGAUGUCGUUUAGUUUACUGUUAUUAAAGCUUUUAUACUUUGUCGGUAACUUGGAUAAAUAUUUAAUAAAUCUUACAGAAAAUCACGAAAAUGUGUUGAAGUACCUUAAAUAUUUCGGUUACACCCAGUUUAUGGGCGUGUUAUUUGCACCAAUAUCAAUUUUGAUUCUUCGUAAAUCAGAGUCUACUUUAACGCUUACAGAAGGCAAAUCAUUGCAUUGGAAAUAUGUUCAACGAGUUCGAUCUUGCAUAGCUCCUUCAGUGAUAUUGACUUCAGUAGUUUUAAUAUUGGAUGGUCUUCAGCUUAUACAAAACCUCAAACUAACUAUUCCUCUUUUCGUAUUGUAUUUGUUUGGACUCAAUUUGCAGUUUUGUUAUGGAUCAAUGUUUGUUUCAUUAGCAUUUCCCGCCAAACAUUUUUGUUCGAUUUACGGCUUCAUGACGUUGACAGCAGGAUUUAUUUUGAUGAUACAACAUCCUUUACUAUCACUCGAACAAACUGUUUUUUCUGGAAAUCAGUUUAUGGUGAAUGUUAUACUAUUUUUUUUGUCAUUGCUGGCGUUCUCACUACCUAUAUAUCUCUGGUGUCAUUGUAACAAACUUUUAAAGCAAUAUAAUAUGGAUGAAAAAACUUUUUUGAAUAAACCUCUUAGUUUUUAAAGAUUAAGAAUGUAAACUAUUUUAAGAAACUAUAACAACUCGUCAGCCGAGAACCAAAAGGCUGUACGUCCA